AUGUCCAAUCCUGAAAGACCAUUCUAUAUUUGGAAGGAACCAAUUACAUUUCUGUCCAGCAUUUAUGGUAAUCAAGAAUUUUUCUUACUUCUUUUCUUCUUGCAUUUUAUUAGUUUUCUUCUCUUCUCCUGUAUCCCUUCUUCUUUAAUUCUCCUUUUCUUUCAUUCUUUUGUUAUUUUUCUUCUUUAUUCAUCUUCUUUCAUUAUUCUUAUCUUUUUUCAUUUUUAUCUUUUUUCAUUCUUUUUAUAUUCUUCUCGUUCUCUCUUCUUCAUUCAUUCUUCUUUUUCACCUCUUUUCAUUCUUCUUCUUCUUCACCUAUUUUCAUUCUUCUACUUAUCUUUUCAUUCAUCUUCUUUCAUUCUUCUUUUUCUUCUUUUUUCAAUCUUUUUCUUUCAUUCUUCUAUUUGUUUUUUCAUUCUGCUUCUAUUUUCAUUCUUUUUUCAGUCUUCUUUUAUUUCUCUUUUCAAUUUUUCUUUCAUUUUCUGUUUCCUUUUUCAUUCUUCUUUUUGUUAUCUUUUUAUUAUUCUUCUUUCAUUUUUCUUUUUCUCUUUUCAUUUUCUUCUUUCAUUCUGCUUCUCUUUUCAUUCUUCUCUUUCUUAUCUUUUCAUUAUUCUUCUUUCAUUUUUCUUUUUCUUCUCUCUUAAUACUUUUUCAUUCAUUCUUCUAUUUCUUCUUUCAUUCUGCUUCUCUUUUCAUUCUUCUUCUUAUCUUUCAUUCAUCUUCUUUUAUUCUUCUUUUUCUUCUCUUCUCAUUCUUUUUCUUUCAUUCUUUUAUUUCCUUUUCAUUCUUCUUCUUUCAUUCUCUUUUCAUUCUUCUGCUUCUUCUUUCAUUCUGUUUCUCUUUUCAUUCUUUUUUUUAUUAUUCUUCUUUCAUUCUUCUUUUUCUUCAUUUUCAUUCUUUUUCUUUCAUUCUCCUAGUUCUUCUUUCAUUCUCCUUCUCUUUUCAUUCUUUUUAUCUUUUCAUUACUCUUCUUUCAUUCUUUUUCUUUUUUCAUUCUUUUUCUUUCAAUUUUUCUAUUUCUUCUUUUCUUUUCAUUCUUCUUCUCAUCUUUUGAUUCUUCUUCUUUCCUUUUUCUAUUUCUUCUUUCAUUCUCCUUCUCUUCUCAUUCUUCUUAUUUUUUCAUUAAUCUUCUUUCAUUCUUCUUUUUCUUCUCUUUUCAUUCUUCUUCUUUUUUCAUUCUUCUAA